UCUCUCUCUUUCUCUCUCUGUGGCUAGCUAGUUGAUUUAUUUUCACACGUAAUAGUAUAACAUUCCUUGCUCUUUUUUUUUUAACAUUUGAACAAUCAUUUCACAGGGCAAAUUAAAUCGUGUGUAUAUACAUACAUAUAUGCUGAUUUUGCAGAAGCAAAAGCAAGAUUUGGCGAGGGAACUGAAUUUAAGGCCUCGACAAGUUGAGGUGUGGUUUCAGAACAGAAGAGCCAGGAUGAAGCUUAAGCAAACGGAAGUAGACUGCGAGUUCUUGAAGAAAUGCUACGAGACGCUGACGGACGAGAACAAGAGGCUGGAGAAGGAGCUACAAGAACUGAAAGCGCUAAAACUAGCGCAGCCCUUGUACAUGAUGCAAUUGCCAAUGGCUACACUGACCAUGUGCCCUUCUUGUGAAAGGGUCGGCAGAGUUGGUGAAAACUCUUCCAGUAAGAGCCCAUUUUCCAUGGCCCCAAAACCACACUUCUUUAAUUCCUUGACCAAUCCAUCUGCAGCUUGUUAGCUAGCUUUUAAUGUAGCGAAAGAGAUAAUAGCGUGAGCAUUAGGCAUGAGGGUACUGAAAGGGUCGUGGGUCAUUAGGCGUGAGGCGUGAGGCAUGAACGACAGGGGUGAGAUAGGUGCGGAGAAAGAAAAGAACGGAAAAAUCCCUAAAACUCAUUUCCCCUUCCCUCUCUCUCACUCUCUGAGAGAGAAAGAGCAAAGAGAGGAAGGAAGGAAGGAUAGUGCGGUGUGUGUGGAUCAUAAUGAAGGAGAGGGAAGAAGGAAAAGAAUGUUG